AUGGCAACCAUUAGAGAAAUACCUGGUUAUUAUUAUGAUGAAGAAAGAAGACGAUAUUUCAAAAUAGUAAAUGGAGCAAUACCGUCAAAUAGUUCAUCACCAGCAACCCCAUCCUCAUCCUCAUCCUCCUCACAAUCAGUAUCGAGGUAUCAUAAUAAUUCAAUACAAGCCAAACAACGAUAUGCAAAUCAUUUAGCUAAAACAACAACAUCAACUAAUACCAAUAAAGAGAUCAAACGAAAUAAAAUUCUGAAAAUCCCUAAACUUAUCAUUAAAAAUCCCAAUUUAUCAUCAUCACAAUUACAAUAUUUACAAAAUUUGAGAUCCCGUUUUUCUGAUAAUAUCAAUGAAUUCACUUAUACUCCAAUAGGUUUAAUAAAUUUUAAAAUUGGAACAACCAAAACUCAAUCACAAGAUAAUUUAAUCAAUCGAAUUUCAAAUAUACCGCCAACUUAUGUUCCAACAUUAGUUCCUCGUGGUUAUGUAAUUAAUAAAUUCAAACAAUAUUUAAUCAUUUCCCGAUUAGGUAUACGACAACCUAUACUAGUUAAUGGUAAUGGUCAUACGUAUGAUUAUUAUCCUCGUACUAUCGUGAUCCAAUCCCCGGAGGGGAAAAUAAUUGAAAUACCCAUGAAUUGGCAAUUUUAUCACCAAUCUAAUGGACAAAUUGAUAAAUAUGAUUCAAUUGAUAAAUUUUAUCAUGAAUGUGGUAUUGAUGGAUUUGACAUUAAUAUACUAUCAGGGGGAAAUAUCAACAAUAGUAUAUUUUUAUUAUCAAUUAUGAAACAUAAUAUUCACGGUAAUAUUAAUUUUAUAUUACGAUUUAAUGUCAUAAACUCAUUGAAUGAUGAACCUGAGUUGAGUUUUCAAGAUUAUACUUGUCAAUUAAUGGAAUUUUUAUAUGAUAAUAUAUUGAAACAAAAUUUAAAUAAAUCAAUAAUGAAUCAAUUAUUCAAUGCAUUAGGAAUUCCCUUGUGUUAUUUCACUAAAGAUAUGCCUAAUCAUUCAAUCCAACAAAUAAAUCAAAUACUACAACAACAAAAUGGUGGUGGUGGUUCUUCCACCAAACAGAAGGACAAAUUAUCUAGAAAAAUUAAUGAAUUUCUUUAUCAACAAGAACACAAUCCACCAGGGAUAUUAUAUCGAUUUGAACAAUAUUCUAAUACUAAAGGAUAUAGAAUAAUUAAUUAUCAAACUUUUCAAGAUUUCAUUUAUUUAACUAUAUCGAAUGGGUUUAUAAUUAAAUUUAAAUGGUCAAAUUAUCAAUUUUCAAAUUUUGAAUUAAUUAAUAUAAAUAUUGAGAAUUCAUUACAAGAAGGUCAAUUAUUAAUUGUUAAUGAUAAUGAUAAUGAUAAUGAUAAUGAUAAGGAAAAAGAAGAAGAAAUAGAAGAGAAUAAUCCAUUUUAUAUACUUAGAACUGGAUCUAAAGUAAUAACCAUUAAGAAAAAAAUGAAACUAACAACAACAACAUCAUCAUCAACAAAUGGUAAUCAUCGAAGCAAUAAUAAUAGUAGUAGUAGGGCAAUUCAUUGGGAAUGUAAACGAAUAUUAUCAAAUUAUAAGAUCAUUAAAAAAAUAUUGCUAACUCAAACAAAUCAAUUGGUAGUUAUAUCAUCAGAAUCUAUAAUAUCAAUAAAUCUUCAAAAUUUGAAAUCAAUAUCAUCACCAAUAUUGGUGUGUGAUUAUUUUAAUGAUAAUGAUAUUUAUCAACAAUUUGAAUUAAUAGAAACAGUAAAAAAUUAUGGUAUUAGUUGUUAUUUGAUUUUUAAUAUUGAUAAAAAUUAUAAUCAAUUUAAAUUAAUUGAAUUAGAUGAUUCAAUGAACACCACUACAACCACUACCACCACUACCACCACCACCACCACCUCUACUAUUGGUAAAUUCAAAGAAUUGAUAAUUAUGAUUCCAUUCCAAUUUCAAAAAUGUGGAUAUUUGAAGAAUUUCAAAUUAAUGAAAAUAAUUCCUCUAUUGAAAGAUGAUAAUGAUAAUGGUAAUAAUGGUAAUGAAUCAACUAGUAAUCGAUUAAUGAUUGGAUUUAAUUUUUUAAAUCAUUUUGAAAUGACAACUAUAUUUGAAACAUUUCAAUUAUAG